CAAGGGCUAAAAAUAUUGCCCGGAGGCUCCUGAGCAGAAUCAGAUCGCGCUAAGUAGGGCACAACGCAGAGGCGACAGAGCUGCUCGGCCCCAGGGCCCGCGGAGCGCACUCCGGAGCGCGGUCCGGCCCACGCUGGGCUCAGCACUUAGCGCCCUCCGUCCCUCCGGAGCAGGCAAGCGGGGCCCCGGGGCGGCGGCGGCGCGGGGCACGGGUCUUAUGUUGCCUCGCAGCCGGGCCGGCCUCUCCCUACCCAGGGGAACUUCAGCAUCACUGCAGGCUUUCCGAGGUCCCCUGAGUGCUCUGCAAACCGCGGCUGAAGUUUCCCGCUGCAGAAAUCAGCACAGGAAGAGGGAGAACACGUAGGGCUCGCUUUAUGCUACAAACACAGGCAUCUUUCAUCUUUAUUAGAAAUAAAUUCAUUCUCUGUUUCUGAUUCAGAGAGGAUCUGUGCCAGGCACUGUUUCAGGUGUGCGUGGAGGCCAGUAUGAAGCUGAAGAAGCAGGUGACAGUGUGUGGGGCUGCCAUCUUCUGUGUGGCAGUCUUCUCGCUCUACCUCAUGCUGGACCGAGUGCAGCACGAUCCCACCCGACACCAGAAUGGUGGGAACUUCCCGAGGAGCCAAAUUUCUGUGCUGCAGAACCGCAUUGAGCAGCUGGAACAGCUUUUGGAGGAGAACCAUGAGAUUAUUAGCCACAUCAAGGACUCUGUGCUGGAGCUGACGGCUAAUGCAGAGGGCCCGCCCGCCCUGCUGCCCUACUACACAGUCAACGGCUCCUGGGUAGUGCCGCCAGAGCCCCGGCCCAGCUUCUUCUCCAUCUCCCCUCAGGACUGCCAGUUUGCUUUGGGGGGCCGGGGCCAGAAGCCAGAGUUGCAGAUGCUCGCUGUGUCGGAGGAGUUGCCGUUUGACAACGUGGAUGGUGGUGUGUGGAGGCAAGGCUUCGACAUCUCCUAUGACCCGCAGGACUGGGAUGCUGAAGACCUGCAGGUGUUUGUGGUGCCCCACUCUCACAAUGACCCAGGCUGGAUCAAGACCUUUGACAAGUACUACACAGAGCAGACCCAGCACAUCCUCAACAGCAUGGUGUCUAAGCUACAGGAAGACCCUCGGCGGCGCUUCCUCUGGGCAGAGGUCUCCUUCUUUGCCAAGUGGUGGGACAACAUCAAUGCCCAGAAGAGGGCUGCAGUCCGAAGGCUGGUGGGAAACGGGCAGCUGGAGAUUGCGACAGGAGGCUGGGUGAUGCCGGAUGAGGCCAACUCCCACUACUUUGCAUUGAUUGACCAGCUCAUCGAAGGACACCAGUGGCUGGAGAGAAAUCUUGGUGCAACCCCCCGCUCUGGCUGGGCAGUGGACCCCUUUGGAUACAGCUCCACCAUGCCUUACCUGCUGCGCCGUGCCAACCUCACCAGCAUGCUGAUUCAGAGAGUGCACUAUGCCAUCAAGAAGCACUUUGCUGCCACCCACAGCCUAGAGUUCAUGUGGAGGCAGACAUGGGACUCCGAUUCCAGCACCGACAUCUUCUGUCACAUGAUGCCCUUCUACAGCUAUGACAUACCCCACACCUGUGGCCCGGAUCCCAAGAUCUGCUGCCAAUUUGAUUUUAAACGCCUGCCUGGUGGGCGCAUCAACUGCCCUUGGAAGGUGCCACCACGGGCCAUCACAGAGGCCAAUGUGGCAGAGAGGGCAGCCCUGCUCCUGGACCAAUACCGGAAGAAGUCGCGUCUGUUCCGAAGCAACGUCCUCCUGGUGCCUCUGGGAGAUGACUUCCGAUAUGACAAGCCCCAGGAGUGGGAUGCCCAGUUCUUCAAUUACCAGCGGCUCUUUGACUUCUUCAACAGCAGGCCUGACCUCCAUGUGCAGGCCCAGUUCGGCACUCUUUCAGACUAUUUUGACGCCCUGUACAAGAGGACAGGGGUGGAGCCAGGGGCCCGGCCUCCAGGGUUUCCUGUGCUGAGCGGGGAUUUCUUCUCCUAUGCGGACCGGGAGGAUCAUUACUGGACAGGCUAUUACACUUCCCGGCCCUUCUACAAGAGCUUAGACCGAGUCUUGGAAGCCCACCUGCGGGGGGCAGAGGUUCUCUACAGCCUGGCUGCAGCUCAUACCCGCCACUCUGGCUUGGCUGGCCGGUACCCGCUGUCUGACUUUACCCUCCUGACGGAAGCUCGGCGCACACUGGGGCUCUUCCAGCAUCAUGACGCCAUCACUGGCACUGCAAAGGAGGCUGUGGUGGUGGACUAUGGGGUCAGGCUUCUGCGCUCCCUUGUCAACCUGAAGCAGGUCAUCAUUCAUGCAGCUCACUAUCUGGUGCUGAGGGACAAGGAGACCUACCACUUUGACCCGGAGGCGCCCUUCCUUCAAGUGGACGACACUCGCUUAAGUCAUGAUGCCCUGCCAGAGCGCACAGUAAUCCAGCUGGAUUCCUCGCCCAGGUUUGUGGUGCUGUUCAACCCGCUGGAACAGGAGCGGUUCAGUGUGGUGUCCCUGCUGGUCAACUCGCCCCGUGUGCGCGUCCUUUCGGAGGAGGGCCAGCCCCUGGCUGUGCAGAUCAGCGCACACUGGAGCUCUGCCACCGAGGUGGUCCCUGAUGUCUACCAGGUGUCUGUGCCUGUCUGCCUGCCAGCCCUGGGUCUGGGCGUGCUGCAGUUGCAGCUGGGCCUGGAUGGGCACCGCACGCUGCCUUCCUCUGUGCGCCUCUACCUGCAUGGCCGGCAGCUGUCCGUCAGCAGGCACGAAGUGUUCCCUCUCCGCAUCAUUGAAUCUGGCACCAGUGACUUCGCCCUCAGCAACCGCUACAUGCAGGUCUGGUUCUCAGGCCUUACUGGGCUCCUCAAGAGCAUCCGAAGGGUGGAUGAGGAGCAGGAGCAGCAGGUGGACAUGGAGUUCCUUGUCUAUGGCACCCGUACGUCCAAAGACAAGAGUGGAGCCUACCUCUUCCUACCUGAUGGCGAGGCCAAGCCCUACGUCCCCAAGGAGCCCCCCGUGCUGCGUGUCACUGAAGGCCCUUUCUACUCAGAGGUGGUUGCGUACUACGAGCAUGUUCACCAGGUGGUCCGGCUUUACAAUCUGCCAGGGGUGGAGGGGCUGUCUCUGGACAUGUCAUCCCUUGUGGACAUCCGGGACUACGUCAACAAGGAGCUGGCCCUGCGCAUCCACACAGACAUCAACAGCCAGGGCACCUUCUUCACAGACCUCAAUGGCUUUCAGGUGCAGCCCCGGCGGUAUCUGAAGAAGCUCCCCCUCCAGGCCAACUUCUACCCCAUGCCAGUCAUGGCCUAUAUCCAGGAUGCACAGAAGCGCCUCACUCUGCACACUGCCCAGGCCCUGGGUGUAGCUAGCCUCAAAGAUGGCCAGCUGGAGGUGAUCUUGGACCGGCGGCUGAUGCAGGAUGACAACAGGGGCUUAGGCCAAGGGCUCAAGGACAACAAGAGAACCUGCAACCGUUUCCGCCUCCUCCUAGAGCGGCGCACUGCAGGCAGCGAGCCUGACUUUUUCUCCAAACUGGCAGCCAUGUUUAGGGGCUUGAUCUUUCACAGCAGCAGGAGCGGUAACCUAGAGGUGCAAGAUAGCCACUCCACCAGCUACCCGUCCCUCCUCAGCCACCUGACCUCCAUGUACCUGAACACCCCAGCACUCGCCCUGCCUGUAGCCAGGACGCAGCUCCCAGGCCCUGAUCUGCGCUCAUUUCAUCCUCUGGCUUCCUCACUGCCCUGUGACUUCCACCUGCUCAACCUACGUACGCUCCAGGCUGAGGAGGACACCCUGCCCUCGGCGGAGACCGCACUCAUCUUACACCGCAAAGGUUUUGACUGCGGCCUGGAGGCCAAGAACUUGGGCUUCAACUGCACCACGAGCCAAGGCAAGGUAGCCCUGGGGAGCCUUUUCCAUGGCCUGGACGUGCUAUUCCUGCAGCCAACCUCCUUGACGUUACUGUACCCUCUGGCCUCCCCAUCUAACAGUACUGACGUCUAUUUGGAGCCCAUGGAGAUCGCUACCUUUCGCCUCCGCUUGGGUUAGGGCUGCCUGUGGCCUGAAGAGAAAGUUCAUUCACAGGGACUGACUGCCUCUUAACAUGAAGAUCGUUGGACAAGCCACAUGGGCAUCCUGUCCUGAUCUGCCUCCCACAACUGUGACAGACUGGGCUCUGCCCUCAUUUUCUGUUUAUUGCUGCUGCUGUGUUUCAGGGGCAACCCACAAACCCAGUGAUGGGUAAAUAGGGCAGAUGCCAGUGAGAUCAGGGAGAGAAAGCCCUUGGUCAGAGUGGGCAGUGCCAGGCUCUGCUUUGGGUUGUGAGUGGACACCGAGCUGGGCACAGGCUCAGACACCCAUCCUUUUUCCAAAAGGGGAUAUAGGAGAAGUGGAAGCAGACAGAAGAGGUAAGGGUGGCUACGUGGGUAACAGCCCAGCAUCAGGGUCACUGUGGGCAACAGCCGGCUCUAGGGGAAUCCUAUGGUUAUUUAGAGACUCCAUGUCCUGGUGUGAUAAGCAGGGUCAGAGUGACUCUGGAAGGAGAGGGAUGGGGACCCAGAGUUAGCAGUGGGGUGGAGCAGCAGAAGGAAUCACAGUGUCUCCUAGGAGUCCAAAGGCCUCACUGCUUUUUGUGAUGGCUUUGCUCUAAGUGCCGCCUGUCCUGCACGCCCUGGCCAAGAGGCUGCAGAGUGGCAGGAAGGAUUUGCUGGAGGUCAUAGGUCACUUCAGGUAGCAAGACCCCUGGCAAACUGGGCACGUGGCCUGUGUAUUGAUUUGUGGGAUGGUGGCAGGGGUGUGGGGUCCUCCGCCCUGCCUAAAUCCUUUUGGCUUCCAUGCUGUGUACGCUGCUGUCCCUAAGAGCUUUUGUUCUGGCAGGCAGUGGGGAUUCCUACUUUCUUUCUCUGGAAAGGAAAGCCUCCAAGAACCCAUGUGCUUGGGCAGCUUGAGAAGGCAUUCAGCACCAUGCCUGGCAGGCAGGCCUUGACGCUUCACCUUUGGUCUAUCCCUCUGCAGAGGGAUUCAGUUCCUGGCACGGGGACUAGGGGCAUGUAGAGUAAGUGAGGAGGCAGGAUGGCUGUGCAGGAGUCUUCGUUUCAGCUUCAGUUCAUAAGGAAAAAUCUACGAUAGCUCUAUAGAUGCUGAAAAGAUAUUUGGUAAGAUUUCAAAUCCAUCCCUUAUUAAAACUUUUAGUAAAUUGACUCUGGAAAGAAACAUCCUAACCUAGGUAAAGUUCUGUGUCAGAAACCAACAGUUACUGGCAUUCUAAAGGGUCAAAUGCCGCAGGCAUCCCCAUUAAAGUCAGAAACUAGCGAAGGGCAUGCUAUUUGUCAGCAAUGUCUCAGCACUACUAACUCCUGCAACAAGGCAGAUGAGGAAGAUAAGGAAUAAUUCUAAUAUCGUUAUUUGUAGACAAUAAAACUGCCUACCUGUAAAAUCUAAGAGAAUCAACUGAAGACUUGUUCAGAGCAUUCUGUAAGGCGACCCAAUGACAUACAUCACGUUCCUCUCAACAUACUGGUUUUCCCCAAAUCAGCUGAUAAAUUGUGUAAUUCCA